CGGAGCCUCCGCCGCCGCCUCUGAGCUGCUGCAGCCGGACACAGAAGCAGCAGACCGGCCGCCGACACGGAGCCAUGGCCGCUGAAGACAGCCGCCCCACGGCCUGCACCGGCUCCAGCCUGCUGCAGCCGCUCAGCGAGAUCACCAACCUGCCGCUGGACCAGGUGAACUUUGUGGCGUGUCAGCUCUGUGCCCUGCUGUCGGCCUUCUGGUUCCGUCUCUUCCUUCAUCCCAGUAAAACCAGUCCCUUCAUCAGACACGUGGUGGCCACUUUACUGGGACUCUACUUCGCUCUCUUCUGCUUCGGCUGGUAUGCGCUUCACUUCCUGCUUCAGAGCGGACUCACCUACGGCAUCAUGAUCCUAACCGGAGUGGAACACAUGCACAAGUACUGCCUCCUGGUGGCUCUCAGCUACCUGAGUCUGUGUCAGAUCACUCGGGUCUACGUCUUCGACUACGGGAUGUACUCGGCUGACUUCACAGGCCCCAUGAUGGUGAUCACACAGAAGAUCACCAGCCUGGCGUUUGAGAUCCAUGACGGGAUGGCACGUAAAGAGGAACAUCUGACUCCGCGACAGAAGAUUUUGGCGAUAAGGAGGAUGCCCAGUCUGCUGGAGUACUUCAGCUACAACUGUAACUUCAUGGGGAUCCUCGCCGGACCCACCUGCUCCUACAACGACUACAUUGCCUUCAUCGAGGGGGACCCCCGUCGCCAUAGAGACCAGGAGGCCGACAGGAAGUCCAACAGCAAGCUGAGGCAGAGCGAGCCAUCGCCAAACACGGAGGUCGUCCGUAAAGUGGCCACCUCCUUCUUCUGCCUCCUGGUCUUUCUGUCGGUGUGUAAAGUUUUCCCCGUGGAGCGAAACAUCGACGACGACUUCAUCGCCAACACGCCGUUCUACGCUCAGGUGCUCUACCUGUACCUGUCCAUGCUGACCACCAGACCCAAGUACUACUUCGUCUGGACGCUCGCUGACGCCAUCAACAACGCCGCCGGCUUCGGCUUCAACGGCUACGACAGCGACGGCUCUCCUCGCUGGGACCUCAUCUCCAACCUGAGGAUCCUCAACAUCGAGUUAGCCACCAGCUUCAAAGUUUUCCUCGACAACUGGAACAUUCAGACAGCUCACUGGCUCAAAAGGGUGUGUUACGAGCGAUGUCCCUACCACCCGACGGCAGCCACCUUCAUCCUGUCAGCCAUGUGGCACGGAGCUUAUCCGGGCUACUACCUCACCUUCCUCACCGGCAUCGUCAUCACGCUGGCUGCUAGAGCGGUCCGACACAACGUUCGGCCACACUUCCUGCAAUCACCCACCCACAAACUGGUCUAUGAUGUCAUCACGUGGGCAGCCACUCAGAUCGCCAUCUGCUACACAGUGGUGCCUUUUGUCCUUCUGUCCGUCGGCCCAUCCAUCAAGUUCUACAGGUCCUGGUACUUCAGCCUCCAUAUCGGCUGUGUUUUGCUGGCGGUGGCGCUGCCGGUCAAACCGAGACAUCUCCGCCACAAAGACCAGCAGAAGAACCUUCGCCAGGAGCCAGUCCAGAACCACCAGGAGCCGGUCCAGCACCACCGUGAGGCUACAGACAGCAACUGCAGCCAGAAGGAAAAAAACACAUGAGACAGAGAAGGAAAAACAAUCAUGUACAACAUUUUAUUUCCAUAAACUUGUAUAGAAAGACGAGGAGGUGAACCACAUCGAACGGACCUUCCUCCUGUCUCGGUACUGAAACACGAUGGUCACGACAGCAAGUUAAAAUACUGUUUUAUUUGGAUCCACAGGAUGACGCCAACGAAAUCAGGCCCGGAAUUUUUGAAGGUCUGUGUUGUAGGAUACUUGACGUUGUUUCGUUACGAGGAAGUUUGACUGCCGGGACUCAAACAAAAAGAUAAUUUUUUGGGCCAGAUUCAGGUCAAUCUGCAAUGAUGGAAGAUAGGGUAUAUAUAUACAUAUAUAUAUACAUAUAUGUAUAUAUAUAUAUAUAUAGUAGCUUCACAUGAAGCAGCUGUCCUGAGGUGUCAUGGCCGCCCUCGUAGUGUUGAACUGACUCAAUGUUCCUUUUGGUCAGAAAACCUGCCAAUGAAUGAAUGGAGGAAUAUAUGAAAGGAUGUAAAGGAAAAUGACUGAACGGACAAUUUAACAAGAACAUGAACGAAUGCAAGCAGGUCAAAGAAAAGUCGAGUAUAUGAACCCACAGAAUGAGCAGGUGGACGUCUAAAUGAGCACGCCGGUGACUUAGUGCAUUCAACAAUAGAUGAAUGAACAAAGGAUCUCCUCCACAUUCCUCCCAGACUGUCUGACUCAUCGUGUUAUUAUCUAUUCAACCACGACUUCACAGUGUUCAUAGAAUUAUAGUUUGGAGAAAGUGCCAAUGAUUAUUCCACUCAGUCGCCUUAGUUGUUUUGUCUUUUACAAGAAAAAGUGCUACUUAGCAGGAUAAGUAUUAACUCUUUGUUGAUGUGUGAGCGGUGAGGACGGCGUUGUGUUUACAUUUGUAGAUGUCAAGUUUUUGUCAAGAUGUUAUUUAUGUAAUUCAAAGACUUGUGUUUUGAUGUACGAUGUGAUGCAGCUUGAAGAAGAUGAAAACGCAGCACGAAACUUUAGGAAAAGAGCUCAAACUCUGAAGUUUAAACUCCAGGAUAUGAAGUGAAAUACAGAUUAGGAACCCCCUCAAAUAAAAGUAUCCCAUAACAGCAGGAAGUGAACCCAACAUUCCCAUCUGUUGGUGCCAUGAAGGGGUUAGCAAGUUUGGUUUGGCCAACGUUUACUUUAGAAGCUAAACGGUUUGGUUCAGGUUAGCUAACGGUUCAAUUUAGCAGCUAAAAUAAGCUGGUUAAGUUUAGCAAACGCCUCGGUUCAGCUGCUAACACUGGUUUAGGGUUAACUAAAGGCUCAAAGUAUGGUUACCUAGUUAGUUUUGAAGCUAAUCAGACUGGUUUACGUUAGCUUACAGCUCUGUGGAGGCUAAAACUGUUGGGUUCAGGUUAGCUAAUGGUUCAAUGAGGAAACUAAAACCGUUAGCUAACUGUUCUGUGUGAAAGCUAAAACAGUUUAUAUAUAAUGGUUUUGAUCAGGCAAGCUAACGAGGCAGUUAAUAAUCAGUUUUGUACAGCUAAUGGUUCAGGUUAUGGCUAAACCGUGGAUGUACAGUAAGAACUAACUGGACCCAAAUAUGGAGCCUGUUCAGUCUAGGGAGAAUUGCUCAUCUGGCACAAACGCCAAAAAGAAGUUUCUAGCUUCCUGGUUUACUUCCAGCCAACUUUAUUGUGCAGAAGAGAUUCUCCCGCUAGCUCAUGGACUUUACAGUAUUAUCACUUUACAGAUUUUUAUCUAUAUUCUUAUUGUACAUCCAUGGUGUCAACAGUUAUGUUUAGUUGAGCAAAGAGUUUAGUAAAAAACAAACUACACCACGACGGUUUGGUUUGGCUAACGGGCAGUUUAGCCGGUAGAGGAGUUCAGAUUAGCUGAGACUUAAUUAAAUAAACCAACUUGUUUGGCUAGAAAAUGGUUCAUUUUAUCAACUUUACCAGUUUGGUUCAGGUUAUGAAAAACGGAUCAGCGUGGAGACCAAAACUGAUAUUUUUGUGUUUGGCUAACAGUUCAGCUGGGCUAAAAACACCUGAUACACGUUUAGCUAACAGGACAGUUUGGUUCAGCAGCUUGAUUUAGCUGAAGGUUCAGACUAGCUGGAGGUUUUGGUUUAAGUCCUUACUCCAUUAAUGUAUGUUAAAUUGCCGCGUCAUGCUAUCAUGUUAGCACGUUAUGUAGCCCAGUACGUCCCUAACUCUACGGUCCAUCGUUCUCUCCAUGACGUGUUUUAAAUCAGUGUUAAGUAGAACAAAAGACCUUUAGUAUUUCUCAUCACCACCAACUCGUUUGUGUCUGUUUCUUCUUCUUCAGGAGAGCAGAUUUCUAAAUGUUCCCGUAUGUUUUCCUGUUUCCACAUUUUGAACUGAACCGCGUCAUGAGGCCUGGAUGAGGACGUUAAUGAUGAAUAUCAAAGGCUGCGGCCAUUGUUUGAGACGAUUCACAAAGAUUAAUGUUCUCACAGCGAACCAGCCACACAUCUGUAGGUUUGAUAUGGACAACAUGUUUGUUUGUGUUUUUGUAAAUGAUGUGAUUAAACCUUGGA